AUGCUGCGACGAAUCGCCAGCCGCACACUCAGGGAGCCGGUCCUUCGACCUCCCUCGCCCGGUCCUCAGCCCGCCGCCGCCGCUGCCACCUCGGCUGCCGUGCUCUCGUACCAGUACCAACUGCUCCAGCAAUCGCGAGGCCUCGUUUCUUCGGUCCUCUUGAGCAGCACUCGAGAUGCCUACGAGAGCAAGAAGAUGGCAGAGCUCAAAGCGGAACUCAAGUCGCGCGGCCUCGCUUCGUCGGGUCGUAAGGACGACCUCGUCAAGCGUCUCGUAGACCAUGACUCGUUUCUCAACGGCAGCACCGCCAACAUGGACUCGGCACCCGGCGCUCGUCCACAGCUCCGCAAAAAGUCGACACUGGCCUCGCUGCGAAAUGCAGAGAGCGAUGCCAAGAAUAAGAAGGAUGGUCCGGCUCCGCCCGCUCCCACCUCGCAGUCUGGUCAGGCAAAGAGAACGGGCACCCCACCCGCUCCUAGCUCCAACGACAACACCGGACCCACUGUGGACGCUGCCACCGCCAACGCCAUCGCAGAGGCUCCCAAGCCUCUCGGCAGUAUGAAGGAGUCCGAAACUCCUGCAGAACUCGAGGCUGGCACGGUCCACAGUGCAGCCGCAGAUGGUCUUGCCGGCGACACCACCGCCAAGUCUUCGCCCUCUCUCGACGUCGAGGACGGUCCUGCCAAGAAGACCACGCCUCCUGGGUUGCCUCCGCAGAAGGCUCCUGCCGCCAAGGAAACGUUCAACAUCCAGAUCCCUUACUACCCCGACCCGCCCGUUCCCGGCGCCGAGAUCCCCGUCGUCACCUCGUACACCUCCCCUCACCUGCGUCAGACCACCGAGCAGACCGAAUCGUCGCCAUUUGUGCCCAAGGCUAUCAGUGUCUCGGCUAGCUCGGCCAUCUCGCAUGCCGCAGACAUGGCUGAUCAUGCUACGUCCGAGAGCGACAAGAAGGACAAGCCUAAGGGCGUCCUUUCGGAGAUCCUCGCCGAUAUCGAAGCCUCCUCGGGCUCCAGCGGUAGCGGAAGCGGCGAGUCUGCACUCGCAGGCAUCAACAAGAGCGUCGACGCUGCUAAGGAAGCCUUCAAUAGCGUAGCAGAGCAAGCCAAGGGUGCUUUCGUCUCUGCGACCGGUGUCGAUCCCUCGUCGUCGUCUUCCUCUUCCUCCUCAUCCAAGUCCAACCCUUCGUCGUCGCGCCAGAGCGGCAACCGACCUCUGAACGAGCAGGAGCGAACUGGCGCCCUCGUUCUCGCCGGCAUCGUCGCUGGCGGUUUUGUCCUCGGUGGUCUCGGCAAAACCGGCAAGAGCAAGAGCAAGGACCACGACAAGCACGCGCACGACCAAUCGCACGGCAGCACCGACUCGAGCAAGGACGUCGCAGCUCCAGGAACCGUGGUGGGCAAAGUCGUGCCCGUCGCGGCUGUCCCGCGUGGCGAUGGUGUCGCCGCGACGAAGAGGUCCGAGUCCAAGCCUUCCGGGUCUUCCGUCCAGACGCCUGCGGGAGGCAAGACGCUCGCACCCAUCAUGUGCGUUCCCAAGGGUACGCAGCUUUCCUCGUCCUCCGGAGCCGGGUUGAUCGUCAACGAGGCUGCUUCGACGCUGGCGAGGCUGGCUCAGCUGUCCACUUGCGAGGUAUCGGAUGCAAUGCUCAAGCUGAAGGUGAAGGAAGGAGGAUACCUGCCUGGGAUUGAGAUGUAUUCGCCUACGUAUCUCGCUUCCCCUCAAGUUCGAGUGUGUGGACCGGCGUAUACGGUCAAGAUGGUUUCACAGAACGACGCUUCUGCGCCCAAGCCGAAGGGACACUUUGUCGACUCGGCGGAAGCGUACCCUGGAUCGGUUGUGGUUGUCACUGCACCGAGUUUGACACGAUCAGCUGUGUGGGGUGGCUUGAUGACGGCACGUGCGCAAAAGCUCGAGUUGCAAGGCGUGGUGUUGGAUGGUAGGUGUAGGGAUCUAGGGGAACAUAGGGAGGCUGGAUUUGCGGUUUUUGCAAGAGGCCAUUCCACUCAAGGUCAAUCCCCGUUCACGAGGCCGUCGGAGUUGCAGGUUCCAAUCACCAUCCACGAUCCAUCAACACGAGCAGAGGAGGAGGAGGAUAAGGUGAAGAAUCCAAGGAUGCCAAGUGUCACCGUCAGACCGGGAGAUUUCGUUCUCGCCGACAUGGACGGUGUGAUGAUCGUACCACCGAGUGUAGCGGACGAGGUGGUAAGGUUGGCGCUGAAGGGUAGGGCAGAGGAUGAAAAGUGUCUGAGGGAUAUCCAGGCGGGUAUGCCGGUCAAGGAUGCGUUUGCUAAGAACCGCACCAAGUAG